CAUGUUGUUGUGGUCGGCGACAAGAGGAGGCUCAUUGAACCACCAGACCCGUCUUAUAUCUUUAUCAGAUCAUUUGAAUCAUUGAUCAUAAGUUCAUUGAGUUUAUGAACCAUCGAAUCUGACUCGUGGUUCGUUAGCCGCCGGUCCUUACCCCAAUACAAGUACAGUACAUGACACGUUAUAUGACGGAGCACAGACACUGAGGAUAUGUUUAAGGUAGAAAAGUUAACCCGUCUCACCCAAAGUAAACAUUAUAUACAUAGAUUAUUAAUUUCUUCUGAAGGAUGUUGGUGGACCUCACAAUGCAGGAAUCUCAAGACAACACAACCUUUACCCGCCAAGUCAAAACGAGGAUCUCCCAAGGGGAGUCUGCACCAGUCACAGAAGCAGCUACAGCAGCUUGUCAUGGCAGAUGAACAUUAUGUAAAUAAACAGAAAUCUGGAGUUCUACAGUUGUUCCCCAAUGUAAAGUCAACUGUGAAGAACAUGUUCCAUAAUUUAUCAAGUAAUCUUAACCCCAUGUAUAGAUGUGAUCAAAAAACAUCAGCCGUUGGACGAGUUAACCAUCAGCUGGUGUUUCAGAGUUCCUUCACAGUAAAUUGGCCCAAACCUGCCACUUUUGUUGGUUAUGGUUUGAAUAAAAAAAAUGCCGAGUUAUCUGCAUUAGUAAAGGCUAUUGAAAUGCUCUAUAAUGAUAACUACAUAAGUGUGAAUGGUUACCCUAUUACAAUAUCAGUGGAGGAAAAAAAGAAAUUACUUCAAGAAUGGAAUCUUCCACCGGUGAUUACUGUGCCCACUCCUCUUUUAGAGGAAGGCUUGGACUUGCUGCAACAAUUUGAUAAGAUCGAGCCGCUCAUAACUCAACAGUCCUCAAGUGUGUCUGAAUCUUUGUUGUCACAUGUCAGAGAAGACUCAGAGGAUGAAGUUGGACUUGGAAAGGAAGAUCUCAUGGAAACUGAUGAAGAGAUGUCUCAGAUGCCCAACAACUUGGAGGAGAAGAGUCAGUAUAAAAUAGAUUUACUCACUGGACAGGAAUAUACUGGAAACAUAGAGGACUUGGGUAACUCUGGUUACCGUAACAGAGAACUCCUCAACAAGCUGUACAGCAAAUUGCAGCAUCAGAGUAGCAGAGAUCAAGACUCUGUGUCUCUUCCCAUGCUUCAGUAUAAGUCAGACUUGCAAGAAGCACUAGAUAAAAAACGAAUAUUGAUUGUGGCUGGGGACACAGGUUGUGGCAAGAGUACACAGGUACCACAGAUGAUACUGGACCAAUGGACUGAAGAAGGUAGAGGCUCUGAGUGUAAUAUCCUAAUUACCCAACCAAGGCGAAUAUCUGCAAUAUCUCUGGCAAAGCGAGUUGCAAGAGAAAGAAAUGAAAAGGUGGGCGAGAGUGUAGGUUACCAUGUGCGUUUAGAAUACAAGCGACUCCGCAAUCGGGGUGGUAUUAUGUUCUGUACAACGGGCAUGCUGCUUCAGAAUAUUCAUUCCAAUUCCACUUUAGAGGGUAUAUCACAUGUCAUUGUGGAUGAGGUUCAUGAACGUUCAGUACAGACUGACCUUCUGUUGAUUCUGUUACAUCGUCUUAUGCGAAACCAUAGUAGCUUACGGUUAAUUCUAAUGAGUGCAUCCUUGAGCACCAAGCAAUUGCAGAAAUAUUUUGGUGAGGAUGAAACCACACUUCUAGAGGUACCUGGCACACUGUAUCCCCUCACACGGCACUACCUUCCUCAUGUUCUAAAUACACUUGGGAUUAACCCCAAACGCUACCAGAUAGAAGCUCUCAUGAAACCUGAAUCCCGACCUAUUGUCAACACUGACCUUGUUGUUGCUGUGAUUCGAGCAAUAGAUCACUCAAGACCUCCAGGAGCUAUUCUUUGUUUCCUUCCUGGAUGGCAGGACAUCUCUUUAGUACAAGACAGACUACUGGAACAUAAGCAUUUGGGAAAGAAACUGUGGGUUUUGCCUCUUCACUCACGUCUCACCUCACAAAGCCAAGAGAUGAUCUUUGAGAGUCCACCAUAUGGGCAGCGAAAAGUGGUACUUGCCACUAACCUCGCUGAAACAAGUUUAACAAUAAAUGAUGUUGUGUAUGUAGUUGACUCUGGAUUUCAUAAAGAGCAUAGAUAUAAUAGUAAGAAAGACUUGACUGUGCUUGGAAAUCACUGGAUAUCUCGGGCAAACAGUCAACAGCGGGCUGGUAGGGCCGGUCGAGUUCAGCCUGGCGAAGUGUUUCAUCUUUAUUCAUCGGAUGUUCACCAAGAUAUGAGUCAAUACCCAAUUCCAGAAAUUAUGAGAAUACCUUUGGAACAUGUCAUUCUUCAGUGUAAGUCUCACUGUGGAGAGGAAAGUGUGGUAAGUUUUCUUUCUGAUGGGCUCAGUGUGCCAUCACGGAGAUCAGUCUUUGCAGCUGUCAGUACACUAAAGAACCUUGGCAUGCUCCAUUCAGAAGAUUGGCAGGACGGUGAAACCCUUACUGACCUUGGACGACGUGUUGUACAAUUUUCAACACCACCUCACUUGUCAAAAGCUCUUGUUUAUGCCUCUAUUUUCAGGUGUGUGGAUGCUGCCCUUACAAUUACUGCUGUCUUAACCAGUGGACGAGGCAUCUUCCAUAAUAGCAUUGAGUUGCGGUCUAUGAUAAGGGAAACUAAAGCUAAAGCUGACCCCACUAGUGAUCUUUUAGCAAUAUUAGAACUCAUCAAAGAGUGGAAUGAACUGGAAUACUAUGAAGACAAGCUUCUGUUUUGUAAUGAUAAUAAUAUCAGUCAUAGAUCUUUACUUUUUAAUCAAGGUAUAAAACGUGUCUAUGGUAACCACUUACAUGAUGGAUUAUUAGUAAAUAAAGAAGACAUUUCAUCAUCAUUUUCUUCAUGGAAUGUCAAUAGCCAUAACAAACAGCUGGUACUGGGUGUUUUGUUGGCAGGGAUUGGAAAUGUCAUGCACCUACAGAGAGGUACCUUUUCAAAGGGAAUCCUAAAUUCCGACUCAUUCGUCAUUAAUACCGAGCAAGGGGCAAGAAUAGAUACAGGAAGUGAAUGUGUGCUUCAUCAGAUUUCUAAGGAUACAGUUCAGCUUUCACAGCAUCUCCUAUGUAUUCAUCUAAGCAGAGAUGAUGUAUCGAGAAGAACAGUUGCCCGUGACCUGUCAGUGAUGCAGCCUCUUAGUGUAGCAUUGUUUGCUGGACACUCCCUAACAAUGGAAGAAUUUGACGAUGGCUGUGUAAUUAGAAUUGAUGGAAAAGAACAACUGUCAUUUUCUGUUGAUGAAAGGACUGGCAGAUUUAUACUGAAGCUCCGUAGUGCAGUGGACCAGAUGGUGCAAUAUAUAAUCAAGACUCGGGGAACUGGCACAUCUCCCUUGUAUCUUGAUACAUUCUGUGAUGACCUGGUGCAGCAUGUGAGUUAUCUCAUAGAAAAUAGUGAAUUCAAUCAAAAAAAAAAGUCUGUUACUGAAAAUGCAAAUCUGUGAUAUUAUUCUUAUGUUCAUAUCAAGUUUACUGUAAAUAAUGUAAAUUUUUAAAUUGACAAUUUAAAUUGGACCCAUGAAAAAUAUACUAUAUAAGUAUUUUAAGCAUUUUACUAACAGAUUCCUUCAUACGGAAAAUACAAGGGACAUAAACCUAUUUGUGAACAGUACAGUGUCUAGUCUCUGCACUUGUAUAUGUGGUGUAUGUAUUGUGCUUGUACCCAUGUAUGGCAUAUAUACCAGUGUGUAUGAUAAAUUUACUUUUGUCUGUGGGUCUGCAACAUAUACACCUAUAUGUGUAUGUGCAAGAAUAGUAUUUGUAAUUUAGUGUGAUAAAUGUACACAAGUGUGUGGGACACUUGAAACCAGGUGUAUGAAGCAUACACCUGGAUGAGUCAUUGCACUUGCUUCCAAAUGUGAGUUACUCCUGUACCCACCCACACAUACAAUGUACAUGAUUGCACUGCACUCAUCUUCUCCAUCCACCUUCCAAAAACAUAUUAACUGGAUUAUAUUAUAAUCAAACUUAUUUUUACAUCUUGGUGACACAAUAUCUUGAAUAAGUUUGAGUCUUAUCAGUACUUUUAGAUUACCUUAUAUAUUAAUUAUCCACCUUUAUUGUUUUUAUUUUUUUAUCCACCAAAAUAUCUGUUGCUAACCUAUUAACAAGGCAGCCUUCAGGUUACUAACUUCAUUCAUGUACUAGGAGCUACCAGCACUGGAGCAGACAUUCAUUCACCACAGCCACAAAAACUCUUGAAAUUAAUGUUUAUCACAAAGGUUUGAGGUGUAUCAAGCAUAUACAAAGUUUCCCCAUAAGUGUGUCAUUUAUUUACAUACCUGUAUGGUAUAUUUAAAUAUAUUAUUUUAUCAGAAACAAAGGUUACACUUAAAUAUAAUACAAGUCACAUAGUUUUGAUCAGGAGAUAUUCUCAUGCAAUGGUCAUUUAUUCCACCACUAAAAUAUUUGGAAGACUAAGAAACUACAUGAAUUUCUUAAAGAUUAUUAAUAUCAUAAAAUAUUUACUUAAAUCAUGAAUAUACUCGAGUACUGUAUAGAAGGCAUUGCGCGUAAGAAGGGUGAGCGUGUUUAAAGUUUUGAACCUAUUCCCUGUCCAUUACCCACAAAAUCUUUACCAAUUUUCAUAAUUUUUGUCCUUUUUUGUAGUUUUAGGGGAUGUAUGAGAAAAAUGUAUCACAUUCCAUAAUAUGCCUGAUUACUACUAAUAAUAACUACCUGUACUAUUAAUCACUAAUAAAUUUUUUUAAGUGGUA